GCCGGGGACAGGCAGGGAGCGGGUCCUGCUGCUCCCAGCGCCCUGCGGUGCCGGGAAGUGGGGGGCAGGCUCCCUGGUCUAGUUUGUCCCGUUCCCCGCAGGAAAGAGCAGAAAGCCGGCCCAGGAGGGAGAGGCCAGAGCCGGUCUGCAUUGGAGUCAGUGCUGCGGGGAUCCCCUCCAGCAGGACAGGCACCGGCUGAUGCUGAGGUCUCUGGUACGUCGAGACAUCAUGAUCAAGGCUUCGAUGAGCUCUGGGAAGGUGACUCUCUUCCACCAGGAUCCACGGAGUGGGGUCACCUAUCGGAUCCCCGCACUGCUGUAUAUCCCCACAGACACGCUCCUGGCAUUCGCAGAGAAGCGCUCCUCUGCCAGGGACGAGGACGCUGAGUACCUGGUGCUGAGACGAGGUCGGAAGACAGGGACUUCGGUCGAGUGGGGGCCCAGGGAGCCCUUGAGGAGCGCAGAGUUACCGGGUCACCGCACGAUGAACCCCUGCCCGGUGUACGAGCGGAAGAGUCAGACUGUUUUCCUGUUCUUCAUCUGCGUGAGGAAGCACGUCACAGAGCAAUGGCAGAUCCGCACCGGGCAGAACGCCGCCCGGCUGUGCUACGUCUGCAGCGGAGACGCCGGCCAGACCUGGAGCUCGUUGACAGACUUGACGGAGCAGGUGAUUGGGGAAGACUUGAAGGACUGGGCCACGUUUGCGGUGGGGCCGGGGCACGGGGUGCAGCUCAGCUCCGGACGGCUGGUGAUCCCGGCUUAUACCUUCCACAUUACCGCUCGCUGCUGCCGCCUGCCACUGCCCUGCUGGACCUUGCCCCGGGCCUUGGUCUUUUACAGUGACGACGGCGGGCAGCGCUGGCACAAGGGUGAGCUGAUUAAGGGCAUGAAGACGGGGGAGUGCCAGGUGGCCGAGGUGGCGUGCCAGGCCUGUGACCCCGUGUUGUACUGCAAUGCCCGCACCCUCUGCCGGUGCCGGGCAGCGGCGCUCAGCACAGACCAGGGGCUGACAUUCGAGAGCCCCUCCUCAUGCAAGAAGCUGUGCGAGCCGCCUCACGGCUGCCAGGGCAGCGUGGUGAGCUUCACGCCGACAGCAGGGCUUCUAGAGGCUGAUGGCAUGGAAGGGCCAGAUGCCCCAGCCUACGAGACGACCUGCCCAUUGAACGCCAUCCGCAGAAACACCGUGUCGUGGCUGCUUUAUUCCCACCCAAUGAGUAAACACAAGCGGGUCAAUCUUGGCAUCUACCUCAACCGGUCCCCGUUGAAUGAGGCGAAGUGGGAACACCCCUGGCUCCUGUACAAAGGGCCGUGCGGUUACUCGGACCUGGCCGUGUUACAGGAGGCGCCAGCGCCGCUCUUGUUCGGCUGCCUGUUUGAGUGCGGGGUGAAUCAUGCGUGUGAGGAGAUCGCCUUCCAGCUCUUCUGCUUUGAGGAUCCUCAAAGCUAAAAUCCGCUGUGACAGCUGUGCUGCUGGGGGUGCUGUCCUAAGGUCCCUGUAAGCUGCGUAGCUGCGCUGCAGCCUAUUGAGCGCCACACAGGCACUUGGAAAACCGGCCUGGCAGGGACCUGCCACGGCUGGGGAACGGCCGCCCCUCCCCCAGCCCUGCCACCGCUGAAGGAGGGGCGCCGCUCCCCCGGCCCGAACUCAGCCUGGACUUGCCGCAGCGGGGAGAGGCGCUUCUCCCAGCCCAGGUGCUGCUGUGAGGAGAGAGAGCUGGAGGGAAUCCUCUCUCCCCGCCAUAGCCCUGGGGCAGCCUGCACCCCAAACCCCUCAUCCCUGGCCCCACCCCCGAAGCCGCACCCCCAGCUGGAGCCUUCACCCCCCCUCCCCUGACCCUCUGACCCAACCCUGAGCCCCCUUCUACACUCUGAACCCCUCAGCCCCACCCCCACCACAUGAAUUUUGUUAUGUGCACCAAUAUGAAGGUGCUGUGCCUCCAUAUUGGUGCACAUAACAAAAUUCAUUCCGCACAUGGGUGGGAAAAGUUAGCGUGAACACUGGUGCAGUCUUAUUAAAGGUGAUACUAAGGACAUGAUCACUGAAGAUCCCAUGUUUGCAGGAGUUGUAGCUUAGCAUCUUGGCCAUUUCUCAGUUCAGGGAACCAUCCGAGCAGUUUCCUUAAAGCGUUCUUUGCAGUGUCAGCUGGAGAAGUUGUUCAAGUAUUUCCUCUCCUUGGGCACAUCCCGGUGUACCUGGUGUGUGGGUGAGUGAGCUGUCUCUUCAUUCGCUCUGUAAACUGCUCCAGGAGCAUACACAUCCCUCCCUUCAUAAAUCAGCACCACAGCGUCGCUUCUGCCCUGGGGAGCAAGCAGGCACCAGCUUGGAGGCAGACGCCGACGCUACUCUACAUCAUGUCUGUGCAUGUCACCCCCAAGCCGUGCAGCAUCUCUGCUGUGUUGCUGAUGUGCUAGAGACCCCAGGUUAACCUCUGGCUCUCCCUCCUGAAAAUAGUUCUAGAAAGCCCUGUGGUGUAGUGUCUGUGGUGCUGGUUUGAGACUUGGGGGACCUGGGUUCUGCUCCUGGCUCUGCUGCUGAACUCCUGGGUGACCUUGGGCAAAUCACUUUGCUUCUCUGUGCCUCAGUUUCCCCUUCCACCCUUUGUCAUGUCUGUUUAAACUGUCAGCUCCUUGGAGCACAGCCUGUCUCUUACCAUGUGUCUGUACAACAAAUGGGGCUCUGAUCUCAGUUAGGGCCUCUUGGUACUACUGGAAAAUCAGUAAGUAACAGUAUUAUAAAAUAUAUAGUAUUAUAAAAGUAAUAUAUUUAUAAACAGUUACC